CAUUGCGGGAAGUACGAAACCGAUGUUGGUGCCUGACAAUAAAGGUGGAAGGUUUCAAAAAAUAUUCUAUAAAACUAUCAACCUUUGAGAUAUCUCAGCUUCUCCCUUCGCAAGAAAAAUACAUUAGUUUUACCGUUGAAAAAAAUCAUCGGUAAUUAAGAGGGAAAUUUUACUUUCGACUUCUAUUGUGUUGAAGCUGUGAAGUGGAAAUGUACCCUCGCUUUUAAUUGUGUUCUUAUAUAAAGCACAGGUUGUAAAGUUGCUACAAGUAUGCCCCGGUGACGUGAACAGAAUGAUAGAUAAUAUUCGGUAAUAAAGUCAAUCUCAAAAGCCACUUUCUAAAAAUAAACAAACAAUACGGUAAAUAGAUUCCAGCACUUCAUUUACCAAUGCACUAGUGAACGAGGAAAAUUUUCAAUUUUUUGUGCAUUUAGUUGCAUAAACUUAUUAGACAUCUGGAAAAUAUUACUAUUUUAAUUUCGAGCUUUAAACAAAUAACACUUCUAUAUCAAGAAUAAUUAGAAUCAAACUUAAUUUAACAAUGAAGUUUCCACAACAUUCCCCGUGUGAAAAGUUAUCUCGCCCCUGGUCCACCACAUCUGUCCUCCGCAUCCUCGUCUCUCUUGCCACGCUCAUGCCGGCAGUGGCUGCACAAAUGUAUGAGCGAGGCUCGUGUCCCACAUACUAUUCGAGCAUCCUCUUCACACCAGAAGUUAUGCUUGAUCUCAUCAGCAGAGGGGAACAGUACCUGGUGAUGGCCGCCGGCACUCCUACAGACACGGACACAUCCUGUCACGCCCUCAGCUUCCAUAAGGAGCAGACCUACACCUACUCCUACAGGGACAGACGAGGAGUCAAGAAGAUACUGAGUGGCACGUACGUCGUCAACUUCCCCACGCAGACCUCCACAGGCAGCAUCAUCAUCAACGACUUCCCUCAUGAUGUUUUAGGAGUGGACGACUCGGGCCCCGUAACUCUGCAGCCUGUGGCAUAUAGCAACGGCAUCACCAUGCUGGUCUCCUGCACCUCAUACUACUUCUCCUACUCUCGCCGCUUCUUCGUCUUCCUGGACGACGAAGCCAACCUGAAUUGGGUGAACCCUCGGGACAUCGCAAUGGACUUACGCAAAAACAAAUACCUCCCUGAGGAGAUGAAUUAUAAGUUAGUGGACCAAUCCUGCGAUGUCUGCAAGCGGACGACCGGAUCCUGCGUGGAUGACUCCAUCGUGCAACCCAUCAGAAGUCUCUUCAACUCCAUAGAUAACUAACUUUCAUAUUAUUUCAUGACAUUAUAGUGACAUUUCAUGACUUUCAUAUUGUUUCAUGUGAUUUAUAAGCGACUCUGUCCCCGGCCACGUUGGAGAGUCGCUGGGAUUUAGCCCCUAGUCUCUUGUUUAGACCCAAAACAAGGCAAAUGACGAAAGGUAUCGCUCGUAUCGCAACUACGCUAUGCUCGGUUUUAGAUUUAGUGUAUAUUGAUCAGUAGUUGCAUGGCUGUUACAUAUCUAAAACACCACGACGGAAACUUCCCAACUAGUGAAUUUAAUUAUGAUUUAAAAUCAUAAUUUAUUAUUAUUAAAAUAUAAAUUAUUACAGAAAAUACUAAUUAAAAUGAAUAGGGACUGUGCGAAUGAUUGAUAGUCACCCGUAAGAAGGGAAAUGUAACAUGUUACGACGAUUACGUAAUUAGUAUACCAAACGAAAUAAAGUUUAGCUCCUCAAUAUUCACUCCUCUCCGAGUAUUGUAAAAGUAUAAUAAUAUAUAAGACCUGUUUAAUAUAAAUGAAUUAUAACAAAGCAUCCAUUAGUUUCUGACCAAAUUUGCUCAUGGCGGCAUUGUUUAAUGAUUUUUUCAGUUCAUUACAAAUUGAUAUUUGAGAAUUGUCUGUGAGGAUAAUUUAUUCAAUAUUGCCCUUUACAUUAAGAAGAAAAAUUCACAUCAUUAGCUAACUAAUAUAAGUGUGUUAUAUACUU